GGAUGGUUCGGGCAGAUUUACGAUGUUGUUCAGUCCGGUGUCUCAAGCUUUAUCGGUUGCGUCUCGUGGAUUAUCGGUGGGGUGUACCGAUUCGGUUCCGGUCUUUUCUCUUCCGCUGUCCCCGAUCGUGUGGCCGCUCCAGGUUCGAGGUCAGGCACACCGACUCCGCGGGACAGAGGUCCUUCAUCUACAGUCAAUCGGGCUGUUCGGCGUCAGGGAAACAUGGCUCGUCUGUCCCACUUGCCGGAUAAUUCAGACGACGAACAAGCCCGAUGGAACGGUAAUUCAACGGAACAGCUGUAACACCACCACCACGAUUCGGUGA